CAGGAAGAACAAAGAAGAGAAACUGACCAUUGAGAGAAAGAGAGAGAAAGUUAGAAAUGGGGAAGAAAGCAGUUUUGGUUGGAUGCAAUUACCCGGGAACGAAGGCUGAGCUGAAAGGUUGUAUUAACGAUGUCAAACGCAUGCACAGAUCUCUCGUCAAUCGCUUUGGCUUCUCUGAAGAUGAUAUUACUGUUCUUAUCGACACUGACGAUUCCUAUUCCCAGCCCACUGGCCGCAACAUUCGUCAAUCCCUCGCCGAUCUCAUCCGAUCGGCACAACCUGGCGAUUUCCUCUUUUUUCACUACAGCGGUCAUGGAACUCGCCUUCCUGCCGAGACUGGAGAAGAUGACGAUACCGGCUAUGAUGAAUGCAUCGUUCCCUGCGACAUGAAUCUCAUCACCGAUGAUGACUUCAGAGAGUUUGUAGACAAAGUGCCAGAAGGUUGUUACAUUACAAUCAUAUCAGAUUCAUGUCACAGUGGUGGUCUUAUAGAUGAAGCCAAGGAGCAAAUUGGUGAGAGUACCAGCAAGAAAGAUGAUCAGACCGAACGUGAAGUUGAAGAGUCAUCAAGCGGUUUUGGUUUCCGUAGCUUCUUGCAUCAAAAGGUUGAAGAUGCGAUUGAGUCACGUGGAUUUCACGUCCCUUCUGCACUUAGCCACGACCGUGGGCAUAACCGCGGGGGAGAAGAGAUUAACAACAAAGGAAUCGAAUCGGGAUAUGAAGAAGACUGGGAAUACGUUAACAGCAAAUCAUUGCCUCUUUCGACUUUGAUCGAGAUGCUGAAGCAGAAGACAGGAAAAGAUGAUAUAGAUGUUGGGAAAUUGAGGCCGACGCUUUUCGACGUAUUUGGAGAAGACGCUAGUCCUAAGGUGAAGAAGUUCAUGAAAGUGAUAAUGGAGAAACUUCAAGGUGGAGGUGAAGGAGGUGAAAGUGGUGGGUUUAUGGGUCUUGUUGGUGGUUUGGCUCAGGAAUUCCUGAAACAGAAACUUGACGAUAACGAUGAGAGUUAUGCGAAGCCGGCUAUGGACACUCAUGUUGGGAGUAAACAAGAGGUUUAUGCAGGUGCAACGAAAAGGUCGUUUCCUGAUAAUGGCAUAUUGAUUAGUGGCUGCCAGACUGAUCAAACUUCUGCAGAUGCUAGCCCGUCUGGAAAUGCUAGUGAAGCUUAUGGGGCUUUAAGUAAUGCGAUUCAGACCAUUUUAGCCGAGACAGAUGGCCCGGUUUCUAACCGAGAACUUGUCUUGAAGGCAAGGACUAUAUUGAAGAAACAAGGUUUCACUCAGCGUCCUGGUCUGUAUUGUUGCGAUGAUCACGCUGAAGCUCCUUUCGUUUGCUGAUUGAUAAUCAUAUAUUUUUCUGCCCCAAUAAUAAGGUGUGAUGUUCUUUCUUUUUGUCUUGUAAUUUGAACUUUUGGUUUUGUUUCUUCUGUUUUCAUUUCAAAUAAUAUUAUCCUUUAUAAUAGGAAUGGCAUUCUCUUUGUGUGA